CCCCUGAUGACAACACAAUGAAUACAAUUCAAACAACUGAUACGAUUUUGCAGCAUACGUUUUCAGGAUCCUUUAAUUGUACUGUUGAUUUAUUUAAAUCAUGUUUGCAUUGACGACGGAAGGUGAAAAGCAGGUGUCUGAACCAGCCGCAGGUUUACGAACAGCGUCAGAAAUCGCGCACCGGCUAUGCCCCACACAACAGUGCCAGACGGCGGAUGCGUGGACGCGCGGGUGUACUCAGCCCCCGACCACCCCGUGGAAUCCUAUUUGUCUACUUGUUGUCAUGGAGGAGCCAAGAUGGCGGUCCUGGCCUAUAGCCUAGGCAAACGGGAAAUAAAUCAGUAUUUUUGCAUUAAAAAUGCUAAAUUAUUAUCUCUCGCUGCCGUCAUUCUACUCACCGUGUUUCACACAGCUUCUCGGUAUUAUGGAGGCGGAGACACAUGUGAGUGGUUGCUGUCCAGUGGUCGGUUCUUAGGAGAAAACGUAUGGCAGCCCUAUGGCUGUAUGAUGCACAAAUAUAAAAGCAUUGAAGCAAAGACUUGCCUUGCUGAGAAAAGGGUGGCCUUCAUUGGUGAUUCCAGAAUACGGCAGCUAUUCUAUUCAUACAUACAAAUAAUCGAUCCUACACAAAGAGAGAAUGGAAGGAAGCACGAGAACAUUCCCUUUGAAGAUAGGAGCUCUUCAGUCAAUGUGGACUUCCUGUGGUAUGCAGAGGUGAAUAACUCUCUGAAGGAGCGCUUGAUGUCGUGGACAGAGGUAAAGGAUCCUUCUGUAAAACCAGAUGUCGUCAUCAUCGGAGCUGCCACUUGGUCCAUCAAGUUGCGUAGUGGCAGCAGCGAGGCGCUGCAGCAGUACAGGGCCAACCUCACAGCCAUCUCCUUGCCUCUGGAACAGCUGGCUGAGGAUGGGGAGGUCUACUGGGUUUUACAGGACCCUGUCCAUGAGGAAAUUCUGAGUGUUAACAGGAAGAUGAUUACUAACGAGCAGUUGGAGCUGUACAACGAGGCGGCGCUCGGCACUCUGAACAGCAACAAGAAGAACGCCAAGACCAGAGUCAGGUUCUUGGGCGCCUCGCGCCAGGCUGCCAUGGAAACCAUUGCCCAAUCAGCUGAUGGCCUGCACCUGCCCGAGAACACCCGGAACGUGGGUGCCAUGAUCCUGAUGAACGCUGUGUGCAACAAGGUCCUGCGGCCCAUCGACGGCUCCUGCUGCCAGUCCCUGCCGGCCCCCAACCUCCUCCAGAAACUGACGGGCUGCGUCUUCCUGGGCUCAGCACUGGUAUUCCUGGUGCUUCAUGCUCUGGGCCACAACAGGUACUGGAAGUCCCGGCCCACUCCCCCCGACGUGGAGAGUGGCGAGGAGAAGAAGCCGGCCACGGCGGCGCCGCCUCUCAGCCACAAGGCUCCGUUCCAGGCCAUGUGUAAGAUGGGCCUCAUCAUGGCUUACUUCUACCUGUGUGACCGGGCCGACAUCUUCAUGAAGGAGCAGAAGUUCUACACCCACACAACCUUCUUCAUCCCCCUCAUCUAUAUGUUUGUCCUGGGGAUCUUCUACAGCGAGAACAGCAAGGAGACCAAGCUGCUGAACAGGGAGCAGACCGACGAGUGGAAGGGCUGGAUGCAGCUGGUCAUCCUCAUCUACCACAUAUCUGGAGCCAGCGCCUUCAUCCCUGUGUACAUGCAUGUUCGGGUCCUGGUGGCAGCAUACCUCUUCCAGACAGGAUACGGACACUUCUCCUUCUUCUGGCUCAAAGGGGACUUUGGACUCUACAGAGUGUGCCAGGUCCUAUUCCGUCUCAACUUCCUGGUCAUAGUUUUGUGUCUGGUGAUGGAUCGGCCGUACCAGUUCUACUACUUUGUGCCUCUGGUCACUUUCUGGUUCGUCAUAAUCUACGCCACCAUGGCCAUGUGGCCCCAGAUACUGCAGAAGAAAGCCAACGGUAGUGGGAUGUGGCACAUUGGAAUUUUAGUGAAGCUGCUUGGGCUACUCCUGUUCAUCUGCUUCUUUGCAUAUUCACAGGGGUUGUUUGAGAACAUUUUCUCAGUCUGGCCUGUCUCCAAGCUCUUUGAGCUGAACGGAAGCAUUCACGAGUGGUGGUUUAGGUGGAAGCUGGAUCGAUUUGCCAUUAUCCACGGGAUGCUGUUUGCCUUUGUCUACCUGGUGCUGCAGAAGUUCCAGGUCCUCUCUGAGGGGAAAGGAGAGCCUCUCUUCUCCACAAGAAUCUCUAACAUCCUACUCCUCAUCUCUGUAGUCUCAUUCAUGACCUACUCCAUAUGGGCCAGCAGCUGUAAAAACAAGACCGAGUGCAACGAGAUGCAUCCCUACAUCUCAGGGCUCCAGAUCCUAGCCUUCAUCCUAAUCAGAAACAUUCCUGGAUACGCCCGCUCUUUAUACAGCUCAUUCUUCGCAUGGUUCGGGAAGAUCUCCCUAGAGCUGUUCAUCUGCCAGUACCACAUCUGGCUGGCGGCAGACACCAAGGGCAUCCUGGUGCUGAUCCCAGGCAACCCCUCGCUCAACAUUAUCCUCAGCACCUUCAUCUUUGUGUGUGUGGCCCAUGAGAUCUCCCUGAUCACCAACGACCUGGCCCAGGUGGCCAUCCCCAAGGACGGGGGCACCCUGCUCAAGAGGCUGCUGGUUGCCGGGGUCUUCACCCUGGGUCUACUUCUGAUGUCCAAGAGCGCUGAAGGGAACCAGGGAGAAGGCCACUGAGGGGAGGAGGGGGUACCACUGUGGGGGAGAGGUAGACUGAUUUCUAGACUAAUGAGACUGACUGACUGGUUAGUCUUCCAUGACCCCAGGGUCGUAUUCAUUUGGCACCAAACUGAAAAAUUGACUGAUAGAUGUGUUCCAUUGAAAACCUUUUGCUACGGUUUGCAUCAAUGAAUAUGACGGAGUUGAACAGACACGGGCCAAGUCAAGGAUAUGUCAUGGCUGUCUGUCUAUCUUGACUGCUCUGAUCUGAGUACUGGGGGGAAAGUCGUACACUGAAGAGGACGAGGUCCCAACUUGGGCCCACACAUCACUGAACACCACAUGAAUAAGGUACUGACUCAUACUAUAGACGUUUACAAUGGAAGAAGGGUGAGGUUGGGGUGGAGGAUCGGGGGUAAUGGUGGGUUUGAUGAUGUGUGGAUUUUUUUUAACUAAUUGCGCCCCAGAUGGCUCCCUAUGCAGUGUACUAGUUUUGACUGGGCUCUGGUCUAAAGUAGUGCACUAUAUAGAGAAGGGUGCUAUUUGGGAUGCAUGUAGAAACAAGUAACGUUUGCCUUGUGCUGAAAGGUGAGGUCAGCAGUCACCUAGCUCUGAAAUCUUUGUUUUAUGCACAUUAUUUAAAUUAAGCGUCUAUUUUAUACAGGGUUAUUUUUGGUUGUUGCUUUUGUUUUUCCAUUUGUUGUGUGUGUGCCCAUGACUGCUGUUUGUUUGUGAAUGAAGUAUUGCCUAGAUAUUUUCAGUUUAUUUUGUCACCACCUCAAAGACCACAGCCAGGCCAGGCAGAAGAUGCAGUAAUGAAUUUUCAUUGCAGAAUCCUGUUGCAUUCUGGGUCUGACACGAGCCUAUCCUAUCGGGGGUAAACAACCACUCUGGUGUAUGCGUGCAUCCGUUUGUGCAGGUUCAGUUGUUUCACCAAUUCAUACUAGUAUGUUAAAGGAGAAGUGUGGAUGUUGUUUCUGUGUUGUUUGUUAGUCAUCUUAAAGCAGGCUUCUCAGAGCAGGCUUCUCAGAGCAGGCUUCUCAGAGCAGGCUUCUCAGAGCUACAAUAGAACAGGCACUGCUUUGUAAAUACAUCUAACAUACCGUGGCAGGAGAUCCGUCAAAGCAUACUUUCAUGUACAACAUUAGUUACCACUAUAGCGAAGCCACUGCUAAUGAAUGGAUGAGUGGAUGGCUGACAUGCACCUGACUGAAUGCCUUCGUUCUACUCCCUACGGUUUUCUCCUCAGUUGCCACACGGCAUCAGUGCCAAGUUUGCAUUGAAAUCUGACGCGUCGUGAUCAAGGAUGGAAUUUAAGGAUUUUGGGCAGUGGCCAGCUGGGCUAGUAAACCGUAAUUUCUACUAUCCCGGUUGGUAUUCUGUGCUAUAUUGUAAAACACCAAAUUUCACUCGCCGCCGGGCCAGUUAAGCACGUUUUCUAAUAGCCCAGUCUGAAAAGUGCUAGCAUCGGGGCUAGCUUAAUUUCCAUCCUUGGUCGUGAUACUUCAUGAUGUAUUUUAAAGAAGGUGAGUGAAUGGAAAGUAUUGCUAAAGAAUAAAAAGCAGUACUUCAUGUUGAGCCUGUCAUUUACCUACAGAUGGAUAAUAUACACCAACAGUCAAGCCUUCUUUCAGCCAACUAGGCAAACCCAUGUUCUUUGUGUGUAUUUUCCAAUUCUGCCUUGUAAGGUUUUUACAAAGGAAGGUUUUUUUUUAUUUAUUUAAUGGCAUAGUAAAACUAAGAUUUUUGUAUAUCUGCUACUUCAUCCAUUUUGUACCUCACCUUGGAGGUAGCCUAAAUACAACGGCCAAAAUUGUAUGGAUUUAAGGAAACACUGAAUCGCUUCAUAUCCAGUUGUUGAAUCAUUUAGAUACCACUUUGAUCCAUUGGUUAUAGUGCCCAUUAUUUAACACCCUUCACAAUGUGUAAAUCACCUGCUUAAAGCUGGAUGUUAAGGCAACUUAGCAGAUAUUGUAAGUGUACAUUAAGAAGACUGCAAAUUAGUUAGUUAUUUUAGUUUAAUCGCAUAGGAAUUUUAUCUGUAUAUUUUCUGUGCCGUGGAAAGGUAACUGAAUGGGGUGUACACUGUAGAAUUACUACAGGUUCAUGUAGCUUCUCAAUUAAAUGAAUUCAAUACCAUAGCUUGGUCCAACAGGUCUUGGCACUGAGGCCUAUUCAGAAGGCUUGUAUCCCAAAUGGCACCCUAUUUCCUAUGUAAUGCAAACCUCUUAAUCCCUGGCCCAUAGGGCUCUGAUCAAAAGUAGUACACUUUGUAGGGAAUAGGGUGCCAUUUGUUUGUUACGAUUUGCAUGAAAGUCAAAACAUUACACAUUUUGAUCAUUUGAUUGAUUGAUCAAGGAGGUUGACAAAAUUGCACCGACUGUAAAUGGACGGCAAAUCUACCUUGAUAUAAAGUAUAUUACAGUAUGUUAUUCACAAUUUGAGAUGUUUCUGUUUUAAAUGAGUUUUGGUCAAAUUAAAAGAAGCAACUAUGUAUACCCAGAGAAGUUUUAUGUAAAUUAUUUUGUGACGUCUUAAAAAUGUGAAAUGUACCCAUUUUAUUUAUAAAUGCCUUUAUUCUGUUGUACGUUGUCAAUAAUACAUACCUUCAUAAAAAUAU